AUGCUGAUUGUUUUCCUUAUUCUGCUCUCUCUGAGAAAUCUUGAGGCUGGUCCAGCCGAAGAUAACAAUCGAGCUAUAAUCAAUUUUGACGGUGUAUGCAAAUGUGAACUCGGCUACAGUGCCAUUGUAAGUGCUCUUCGCGAAAUCUCAUAUACGGAUUUCAUGGUGUUCCAACACAUCAACACUCCAGCACAGCUCACCAUCUCAACUUAUUUUCAGGUCUACAAUGGUUAUGGAUGUUUUUGUGGUAAAGGAGGUUCUGGCACGCCAGUAGAUAGUAUCGACUUAUGCUGCAAAAUUCACGAUAACUGUUAUGAGGAAGCCAGAAUUAGCAAGAAAUGUGGCAGGAUAGACCUGUACAUGGAUAUGUAUGACUGGAAGUGCAACAAUAAAAAAGCUAUUUGCCAAGGGAAAACAGAAUGUGAAAAGGCCCUUUGCGCAUGCGAUACCGCUGCUGUUCGCUGCUGGGCCCGUUACGCAAAACCAAAAUGGAAGAAAGCUUGCCGUAAGCUUGCACAGUUUCCAGUGGAAUAA